AUGAGUGUCUACGUCUGCUAUAUUUGUAAUUUUCAUAAUAAUUAUUAAAAGACAAUUAAAAUCUAUUGGCUGUGGGAAUGUUAUUCGGUUUGUCAAUAUUACUUUUAAUAAUGUCUAACUUAAGUUUGUGGAACAAAUAACUUAAAGUAAUUUUGAUCUACUUAAGUUUUUGUUGCAAAUAUUUGGGAAUAUGGUUUUUAGGAAACUCAGAUGCAGUAUAUUACUUACUUUAAGGAAUAAUGUGCUAAACCUUAAAAUAUAAGAGUAUUUUUGAUCAUAUUUAUAUAUAUGAGUUAAUUGGAAUAUUCAGUUUAACACUGAAUAUUUUUAAUAAAGAUAGAAUAGUAAAUAAUAAUGGAGUAAUAUUAUCAUUAGAAAUAUUGAUUGUCAUUAUUUUUGUCAUUCAAAUUUUCAAGAUAAUGAAUUAGAAUUUUCCUGAGAUUCUAAAACACAAUUUAAUAUAGAAUUAAGUGAUAAUAGACUUGACAACUAAUCAUAAAUUAAAAUAAGAUUACGAGAUAACUCCUAGUUAGUCUCCAAGAGUAACCUUUUAAAAAUUAUUCGAAUCUAAUAAUUUUAUUAUAUUUAAGGAGAAUUUAGAAAUUCUGGAGAGUAAUUUUGAUUUAAAAAUACAUUAUUUAAACGAAUCAGUUCCUUAAAAUAGCAUUUUGAUAGAGUAAUUAAUGGACUUGUAAGUAAUUUCUUCUAAUUUUGGGGAGAAUGAAGAAGUUUAUAGUUUUAAAGAAUUUAUGAUAAAAUUUAAGGAAAAUUUAAAAUUCCAAUUUGCCUCUAUAAUUAUAUCUAAAAGUUAAAUUUAUGAUUUGGAAAAUGUGACAUUAAACUUAAUGUCAUUUCAACAAAAUGAAAAUAAUUACUUUAUUGUUUAAUUUUCAUAUUUGAGUUAAUUAUUGUUUAAGAGAAUAAAAGAUGAUAGCAAUAAUAAUGUUUUAAUGGAUAUAAGUCGAUCUCUUUCUCAUGAAUUGGGAACUAAUCUUAAUAGUAUAAUGGUAUUUUCUAGUUUGGCAUUUAAUGAUGAUGAGAUUUCAGAUGAAGUAAAAGAGAAAUAUAUCUCUCCACUAAAAAUUAAUAGUGAGUAGCUUAGUCUUAUUGUAAGUAAUAUAAGAGAUUACAACUUGAUAAGCUUAUAACAAUUCAUUCUAAAAUUAGAAGAAUUCAAUAUAGAUGAUGAAGUAAAAUAUAUUGAAUCACUAAUGAUUGAUAUUAUAAAAAAUAAGUAGAUCAAUUUGGUAUAUGAUUAUUAAUUGUUAAAUCCGAUUAUUAUUAAUGAUCGACAACGCUUUAGAUAAGUAUAUUUUUAAUUUUUGAGUAAUGCUGUUAAAUACACUAAUAAAGGUACAAUAUGUAUAAAAAUUGAUAUGAAUAAAUGGUCAUGUUAAAUUUCAAUUUAAGAUUCUGGCCCUGGAUUAGUAAUAUUAUAUUUAUUAUUUAAAUAGUCUGAGGAAGAAAUGGCGAGAAUGUAGAAUAUUCUUAUUGGAAAGAAUCAAUUUGUAAAGAUUUCAAUUCAUUCAGUUGGAUGUGGUUUAGGUAUUGGAAUUUCAAAUAGCAUAAUAAAAAAAUUGAAUGGUAAGAAUAUUCCAAUAAGUUGUGAACAUAAAGAUAAAGGAACAAUUUUUACAUUUUAAAUAAAAAACCAUCUUCAUGAAGUAAUCAAUUAUGAUAAAAAGAAAUCUGUAGAACUUAAAUCAAGUAGAUCUAUCAUCAAACUUAUUUCUGGUAACUCUUAUAUCGAACAACCUUUCAGUAAUUCAGUAAAAUUGAUUAUACCAUCAUUAAGUUAAAGCAGUGAUUCAAUAAAUUAAAAGAAUCCCUAUGUUGAUGAUGAUAAUUAUUUUAGAUAACCAAAAUUAAUAUUAGUUUAAGAUUAAGUAUCAGUACCUAUUAGUGAAGAUGAAUUCGUCAUAAUCUAAGAACCAAGAAUUAUGAGUCCAAAAUUUCAAUAUGAAAUUAUUGAAUGUUCAAUUUAAAGUAAUUGUUGUUCAAGAGUUUUGAUUAUUGAUGAUGAAUACUUUAAUAUACUAAGUCUCUAAUUAUUGAUGUAAAAGCAUAAAGCUAAAUGUGAUUAUGCAUAUAAUGGGAAAGAAGCACUUGAUAAAAUUAUGUAAAAAUUAGAAAAAGGAUGUAACAUUUGUUAAAAUAAAUGCUAUAGUCUAAUUUUUAUUGAUAUUAACAUGCCUAUCUUAAAUGGGUAUUAAACUGUUAAAGAAAUUAAGAAUCUAAUAAAAAAUUAAACUAUAAGAAGAGCAUGGUGUGUUGCUAACACUGGAUUUACAGAUCUUGAUACUAAAUUAUAAUCAUUCAAUUCUGGAAUGGAUUACUUUCUCACUAAACCACUAGAUGCAAAAAACCUUCAUAAUUUAAUUGUUUAAAUGUUUCCACUACAAAAAUGA